UGUUUAUAUUCAUUGUUGUUUUUGCAAUGUUUGAAGGAACAUAUCAAGCCAGAAUGCCAUAUAUUGUACCAAAGGCAAUUGACAAUGGUAUUGAUCCAAUGGCAGCUGCAACCGGGUUUUCCAUCUUUGGAGCUAGUGGAAUAGUUGGCAGACUUUUCCAGUUACUCGUCAAUGCUAUCACAAACUGUAACGCAAUGUCAAUCUUUUUCUUCGCCUUAUGCUUGAACUGCGUCAGCAAUCUCCUCUUGUCAUUGACAGCGCAGUACAGUUGGUAUAUACUUGCUCUAAUUUUUGAUGGAGUUUCUUACGGACUUCUUUUGCCAUAUGCAUUUGCAAUUUUAAGGCAGUUAUCUGGACAUAGAUUAUUAGCUAUUGCAAGUGGUUGGGGCUGUACUCUUAUUGGAGUGAUGUCAGUCAUAUGGGGUGUUUUAUACGGCCGGUUUUACUACAUUUUCGGUUCUUACCAAGAAGUGUUUUUAUGGUGCUUCGUGAUGGAAUGUAUCUCAGUUAAGCUCGUCUUAUUAUCAAGACCAUUGCGGGUAUUAUCAAGACCAUUGUCUCUUUUAACCGUGUUAAGCCGGGCACAUACCAUGUCGGCCGACAAUUCAUCUCCGCUCCUGUGAGCGCUAGACGACACGACGCCGGCUACUGAUCGUCUUUGGCAGUCUGAACGGAUAAUAAAAUGAGACUAUCCGUUGUUCGCGCGUCGUGGCAUUUGUCAGACCAUAGAAUCGUGUCCGGCAGUGAGUGCCCGACUUUUCGUGAUACAAUUUAGAAUAACCGACUCGUAGGCCCGUGUGUUGUAAAUUUUAUAAUUUAAACAAAUAAAUUAGGUCUACACAAUUGACAAUUUUUCCUCUCACAUGAGUAAAGAAAAGUAAUAAGCAAUUCAUUUUUAGAGAGGGAGUAAUUUAUUGGUUUUUUUUAUAUUGACUUUCAAACUAGGAAUAGAAAAAGAUUCUCUCUUUCUUUAGGAUGUCAUAUAGCAAUUUUCGAGGUUGUUACCCAACAAGAACCAAAAUCACUCAUUCAUUCCUACUGCUAAUCAGAUCGAUGAGUAAAGACUAAAUCUAGCAGCUACAAACGAACAUUUAUUUAAAUAUUCAUCAGAAUAAUUAUUUCGUCAUCAGCAAAUUAUGCACGAAUAAUGUAUGCUGGGUUCCCAUCUGCGUGCGCAUACUGUUCCGCCUCACGCUCGCAGUCACAGCUCUAGGUCAGCAGUGUAAAGUUUUUUUCAUAAUGAAGUUGAAGACAAUUUUGGCUUAUUUAGCAGUA